AUGUGUGACAUGGGGGGACUGGACAACCUGGUGGCCAACACGGCCUACCUAAAAGCCCAGGGUGGUGAUGAAAAGGAGAUGAAGAGGCGUCGUCGCAGCUUGUCUCUCCCCAAGCCUGAGCAAUGUGCUGCAAUACGAUCUGCCGUUGAAAAGGACUAUACAUCGAUUUGUGAAAAGCAGCCUGUUGGCAAAAAGCUUUUCCGUAGCUUCUUGGCGAAUCACCCCGAGUUUAAGCUUGCCGCGGAUUUCCUAGAUGAGCUGUAUGACUGGGAUCUGAGUGAGGGUGCAGCAAAAGAUAAGGCACGAACAAACAUCAUCAACAAGUAUUGCAAGUCUACCUCCAAGAACUUCCUGACCUUUCUUACUGGGGAUCCUGCGGAAAAAUUGAAAGGUGUGACAGAUGCCAACUUUUCCGAUGUGAUGAAAACCAGUGUCCAGGAGGGUGUAAGAGAAUAUCUGAAAGCAAAACCCUUCACAGAUUUCCAGGCCAGCCCUCUCUUUGAUAAAUUCCUCCAGUGGAAAGAGUAUGAGAAACAGCCCAUCAGUGACAAAUACUUCUAUGAGUUCCGAACUCUUGGAAAAGGAGGCUUCGGAGAGGUGUGCGCUGUUCAGGUGAAGAACACAGGCCAGAUGUAUGCCUGCAAGAAGUUGUGUAAAAAGCGACUGAAGAAGAAGGGUGGUGAAAAGAUGGCCCUGUUGGAGAAGAAGAUCUUGGAAAAGGUUAACAGCCUGUUUCUGGUCAACUUGGGUUACGCUUAUGACACCAAGACCCACCUGUGCCUUGUCAUGACCCUGAUGAAUGGAGGAGAUCUCAAGUACCACAUUUACAACAUGGGCUAUGAUGGCAAGGGUGUGGACAAGGGCAUCGAGAUGAAGCGCAUCAUCCACUACACGGCGCAGAUCACCACCGGCAUUCUGCAUCUGCACGAGAUGGAUAUCGUAUAUCGUGACAUGAAGCCGGAGAACGUGUUGCUGGAUAGCCAAGGCCAGUGCCGACUUUCAGAUUUGGGUCUGGCUGUAGAGAUGGUUCCGACGAAGACCACCACCCAGAUGGCUGGUACUGGAGCGUACAUGGCCCCUGAGCUCCUGACCAAAACUCCAUACAGGACAUCAGUAGACUGGUGGGCCCUGGGCUGCAGUAUCUACGAGAUGGUGGCUGGCUACACACCUUUCAAAGGCCCUGAGAGCAAGAAGGAGAAGGUGGAAAAGGAGGAGGUACAGCGCCGCAUUAUCAACGAGGAACCAAAGUGGGAGCACAGGUGCUUUGAUGCCCCCACCAAGGACAUCAUCCAGCAGUUCCUCAAGAAGAAAAUUGAAGAGCGCCUGGGCAUGAAGAACAACAAGGAGGAUCCCAGGAAGCACGAGUGGUUCAAGUCAGUCAACUUCCCCCGUCUGGAGGCGGGGCUCGUGGACCCCCCAUGGGUGCCCAAGCCCAACGUUGUCUACGCCAAAGACACCGACGACAUUGCAGAGUUCUCCGAGAUCAAGGGCAUCGAGUUUGACGCCAAUGACAAUAAAUUCUUCACUGAAUUUAGCACAGGUGCUGUACCCAUUCAGUGGCAGCACGAGAUGAUUGACAGCGGACUGUUUGACGAGCUGAACGAUCCCAACAGGAAAGAGGGUGGUGGAGGAGAUGACGACGGGGAGAAAAAGUCCGGCACGUGUAUUAUGCUGUGAGAAGCCGCACGUUUGAUACCAUAUACCCAUAAUAAUAUUCAAUCAUUUGUUUGUUUUCUCAGUCAGUUGCACACCGAC